AUGACCAAGAACCAGUACACAUUUCCCCCUGGGUCGACAGUCCUGGUCACUGGGGCCAACGCGUAUAUUGGAUCGCACGUUAUCAACAUCCUCCUAGGCCUCGGAUACCGCGUUCGUGGCACCGUCCGCACGCCCCGACCUUGGCUGAAUGAGUACUUUGAUACAUGUUAUGGCCCGGGUUUGUUCGAGACGAUCCUGGUAACGGACUUCCGAGACCCUAGCGCAUUUGAUCAUGCUCUCGUUGGGGUGUCCGGGGUAGUCCAUAUGGCCCAAGCUAUGCCAUGGGAUCCAGCAAACAGCGAUCCUGUGGGGUACACUGUCGCUGGAACUUUGAAUGUCCUCCGAGCUGCAUCCAGUCAAGACUCCAUCAAGCGCGUGGUACUUGCUUCAUCCAUUGUUGCAGCUGGCUAUCCCGAAGGCAGUGAGCCUUUUAGAUUUGACACAGACUCGUGGGACACAUCUACACCGGAAACUGCAAUAUCGAUAUACACUGUUUGCAAGACCGAAGGCGAGCGACAGGCCUGGAAAUGGGUGAAAGAGAAUCAACCUUCCUUUGUGCUGAAUACAGUUCUUCCGUGGAUGAACUUUGGUCGAACUCUUCACCCCGAAAUUGGUAGCUCAGGACACAAAUGGAUCCGAGCCCUUCUACAGGGGGAUUCGUUUCCUUUCAAGGUGGUUCCCCUACCAUGGUUUAUCGACGUGGAAGAUUCCGCGCGGCUGCACGUCAUCGCGUUGCUGGAUAAGGAAGUCAAUUCGGAACGGGUAUUUGGGGCUGCAGGGCCUUUUGUAUGGAGCGAUAUAACUGCAGUUAUGAAGAAGACGGAGCCGAAGAACAAGCUCAUUCCAGAUCCACCGAAGAAUGAGAAGGCGAGCCUGGGAGUGGUGGUCCCAGCUCAACGAGCUGAAAACCUUAUUCGUGCCUUCUUUGGACGACCUGGUUGGACUACUCUCGAAGAUUGCAUUGAAGCAACCGUGAAAACUGCAUGA